AGAGGAGUUCACAGCGUCUCAGACUGUGGAGGGCUCCAUUCCUGCAGCCACCGUCGUACCGGUGAAGUACGCUGUUUGGGUGUUACUGUACAGUGAGUGGUGAGAGGAGUGGCAGUUAUCUAAAAAAGGGUCACCGCGGCGGCGUGGUGUCUCAUCAGGGUGCGUUCCUCGCCGGUCACCAGAGAGCAGCCGCACGGGGACCAGUGAGGAGCGUCCGGCGUACGACACCGGCCUGACACACGCCUGGAAAGAUGUCUUCUGAACGAGUUCCAUUUCCCUUCAAGAUCCGUCCUCUUGAAGACGAUGUACAGAAGAAGAUCGCCAAAGACUUCGAGGGCUAUCCGAAUGGUCUCGCCUCUUGCAACCACUGGAACUUCAAGCUGUCAGCGACAGCCUCCGAAGAGCAACUGGAGGAUCUGUACAACUACCCGCUGGACCCUCGUGACGUCUGGGUGGUCACGCCUCCAAAGUGUGGGACCACUUGGAGUCAGGAGAUGAUCUGGCUUAUCGCCAACGACCUUGACUACGAGGCAGCCAAAAAACCCUUGAUGCCUGACAGGUGGAACUUUAUCGAAAUCGCAGCCAUCAUGGACAUGGAGGGUUUGGCCAAAACAGUCCCGCAGGGCGCCUCGGACGCUGCCUUUGACGUCAAAGACCUGACUGGCGACCCGAGCCGCCCCUCACCGCGCUUCGUCAAGUCGCACCUGCCCAUAUCGCUCAACAACCCGCGCCUCCUGGACACGUGCAAGGUGGUGUACGUGGCCAGGAACCCCAAGGACGCCUGUGUCUCUUACUACAACCACAACCGGCUGUUCCGUGACUGCGGCUUCAACGGGGACCUCGAGCUUUUCGUGGAGCACUUUAUGAACGAGACAAUCGUGGAGACACCGUUCAUCGAGCACAUGAUCGAGGCGUGGAACCUGCGACAUCACCCCAACAUGUGCUUCCUCUUCUUCGAGGACAUGAAGAAGGACCUGAGGGCGCAGCUGCGAAAGGUGGCGGCCUUCCUCGGCAAGUCCUACAGCGAGGAGCAGAUCGACAAGCUGGCCAGCCACCUGCACAUCGACAACUUCAAAAAGAACCCCUACGUCAACAUGGAGCACAUCAACGCGUCUGGAGCGGUUAACACUGACCGCGGGUCUUUUAUCCGCAAGGGUAAAACAGGCGACUGGAAGAACCACUUCACCCCCGAGGUGACUGAGAAGUUCGACAAGUGGAUGGCGCAGAAAAUGAAAGGCUGCGACCUCAAAUACGUGGAGGAGCUGGAUCAUCAGGAUUAGAGACGGAUUUAGUUCUGUGUAUGAGGAGAGCAUGCAUCAUCGUAACGAGUUUUGAAACAAGGAAGGGAUCAAUUGAUUGGAGCUUAGGGUCUUUUGAGAAGAGCCAACACAUGACUUAGAUGACUUACAUGUAUAAGGACUGUGUUAUGGAGUAGUGUGAUAGAGGACUGUAUAGUAAAUACUGUGUAAUAAAAAUACAUUGGUACAUCACUUGUA